AUGAGAAAAUCUGUGAAAACCCGCGCGAUUUUCUGCGUUUUCCGGUGGCUGCUGGCGAUGGUGACGGCUGAGCUUGAUCGGACUUGGAAGAGGAAGUGGCAGUGGUUCGAUUGGGUCCGGUCUCGUCGGCCGGAGUGGAGGGUGGCGGUGGUUAUGGAGCUUUGA